AUGCCAGAAAACGUAGUGAAGUUGGAAGAAGAGUGGGGCGACCAUUUGUUCAACGAAAGACGCAUGGAUUCUGCCAUCAGCCAUUAUAUCGAAAGCGGCCUGAAUCUCAAGGCGCUGGAAGCUGCCGUGAAUGCCGGUCAGUGGAUCAGGGCCAGUGAAAUCGCUGAAACGAUAGGAGACGCGCCAGCUGCCAAAAGUCUUUACUACAAAAUAGCGUCGUAUUUUUCUACUGUUGAAGAGCAUGCUAAGGCUGAAAAGUUUCUCCUUCGAGCCGAGAAGCCAAAUGAGGCUGUGCUGAUGUACAUGAAGGCGAAAAAGUGGGACGAUGCAGAACGAAUUAGCCACCAGUACCUCAAGGACGAUGAGAUUAACGAUAUAUACUCUAAGGAGGCGGAAGCGUUGGAGCUUGCGGGCAAAUUAAAAGAUGCCGAAAAACUGUACUGUGCCGCUUCGCACCCGGACCGUGCCAUCGCGAUGUACAAACAGGCUAACCGUUAUGAGGAAAUGAUGACGCUGAUGGCAAAAUACCAAGGAGACAGUGUGGAGGAUGCUCAUCAGCAUUUGGCGGAGGAUUUGGAAAAAGAGGGACAGCUGAAAGAAGCGGAAAAACAUUACGUGGCUGCAAACAACUGGACGGCUGCCAUUGAAAUGUACAAAAACAGCCAUGGCUGGGAAGAUGCUAUGCGGGUGAGAUGCCAGAAUUGUUUAUUGAUCUUGCGUAGACACAAUACGAUGGCCGAAGUGGCGUAUCAUUGGGCGUUGUCCUUGAGAGGCGACUCCGCGGUCAAAGUUCUUCGCAAGCUUAAUUUGUUACCGCAGAUCAUUGAUUACGCCGUCGACAAAGAGGAUUUCGAAUUUGCCCUAGAACUCUGCCGACUGGGAAUGCAGCCAAGAUCUGCACAUGUGCAUCUGAAACAUGCUCUGAAGCUGAAAGAGAACGGUGAUCUUGCAGAAGCAGAAGCCGAGUUUGUGGCAGCAGGCAAGGCCAGAGAAGCCGUUCUCAUGCACAUCGAAGCUGGAGACUGGAGCAAAGCUGAAGGUGUUGCAGAAACUCACUGCAAGGAAAUGGUUCCAGAACUUUAUCUUCAGCAGGCUCAGAUGGCGGUACAGCAGUACGAUUUCCCAAAAGCUGAAUCUUUCUUUCUCAGAGCUCACAAACCAGAGCUGAUUAUAAAUAUGUAUAAGGUAUACUUCACAGGGUUAAUGUCAUCUAAACGUACUUUAGUACCUUCUGAAACGAAUUUAUUUAAUGGCAUGAUCAUUAGUUCGUUUCUUGUGUCAUUCUUUGGUCCUUUCAUUCCCGUUAAUUAGUU